AGGCGCCGCGAAGGGCCGUAUCCCCGAGGUCGCGCUUCCAAGACACACCCCCUCCUUAAAGGACUGACGUCAGGUAAGAGCCCCUGGAACGUGUCGGGACGUUCCCAAAUCCGGGCGCUCUCACCUCUUCGGCCUCCGUCCGCCGGACUCUAGGGGCGGGGCUUCUCAGCGGCUGAUCAGCCGCCGCCAGCUGUGAUCUCGGGUGUGCCGGCUUUUUGCCCGUUAUGCCACCGCCGCGGGGCGACGUGACCGCCUUGUUCCUGGGGCCUCCGGGCUCUGGAAAGUCCGCUCUGAUUGCAGCGCUGUGCGACAGGAAUGUGGAGACGAUAGAGAUCCCCGAGGGACGGCCGUACUCAGGGAUCCCCAGCCUGCGAGCGGCGGGCCCCGGCCUCUUCCUGGGCGAGCUGAGCUGCCCACCCGCAGCGCCGGGGCCCUGGGCGGCGGAGGCCAAUGUGCUGGUACUGGUCCUGCCCGACCCCGAGGGGAAUGGGGAGCCCUUGGCCCCAGCGCUGGGAGAGGCGGCGCGGGCCGCCCUGGCCCGUGGGACCCCGCUGUUGGCCGUGCGGAACCUCCGUCCUGGGGAUUCACAAAAUGAAGACCAGGCCCGGGAUCAGACAGCGGCCCUGCUGAACAGCGCGGGGUUGGGGACCGCGGCUCUCUUCGUGCUGCCGGCGGACUGCGGCAGCCGAGAUGACUGUAAGGAAUUGGAGCGCCUGCGGGUGGCGCUGCAGAGCCAGGCGGAGGUGUUGCAGAGGCUCCUGCCACCGGCUCAGGAUGGCUUCGAGGUCCUGGGUGCAGCAGAGCUGGAGGCUGUGCGGGAGGCCUUUGAGACCGGUGGCCUGGAGGCGGCACUGUCGUGGGUUCGCGCUGGCCUGGAGCGGCUGGGCAGCGCGCGGCUGGACCUGGCCGUGGCCGGCACGGCUAAUGUGAGCCUUGUGCUGAACACGCUCUUAGGGUUGGAUCCCGGCGAUCCAGAUGCGGAGCCUGUUUUCAUGCCCGCGGGGCCCACACCCUACCCGGCCCCGGAGCGUCCCAAUGUGGUGCUCUGGAAUGUGCCUCUGGGCUCCGCGGGCAUUGCUGCCGCCCCCCAUCCCACCCACUACGACGCCCUCAUCCUCGUCACCCCGGGAGCGCCCACUGAGAAGGACUGGGCUCAGGUUCGGCCCUUGGUGCUGCCAGAUGCACCGCUGGUCUGCGUGCGAACAGACGGCGAGGGCGAGGAUCCAGAGUAUCCCGAGGAAGAGGGAAAGGCAGAGAAGCCCAGCAGCGAGAGCUUAGAGAACGCUGGCGGAGGGGAGUUGAAGAAUGCACGCGCUGAGGGAAGGGAGAAACGUGGCGCUGGAUUGCAGAAAGGUAGCGGGGAUGGUUCAGAGAAAGCAGGCAGCGGGGAAGGUCCAGAGAAAGCAGGCAGCGAGAGUUUGCCACGUGUUGGCGGCGGCGCGAAGAAAUCGGGCAGUGGGGACUCAGAGCGUGCGGCCGCACUGAGCCCCGAGGAUGAGACGUGGGAGGUGCUGGAGGAGGCACCGCCACCUGUGUUCCCCCUGCGGCCCGGCGGACUCCCCGGGCUCUGCGAGUGGCUGCGGCGCGCGCUGCCGCCCGCCCAGGCGGGGGCGCUGCUGCUGGCGCUGCCGCCCGCGUCUCCCCACGGGGCCCGGAUGAAGGCCGCGGCGCUGCGGGCCGGGGCGUGGCGUCCGGCCCUGCUGGCUAGCCUGGCGGCGGCGGCGGCGCCCAUACCGGGGCUAGGCUGGGCGUGCGACGUGGCGCUUCUGCGGGGUCAGCUGGCGGAGUGGCGGCGGGCGCUGGGGCUCGAACCCGCGGCGCUGGCUCGACGCGAGCGCGCGCUAGGCCUGGCCCCUGGGGAGCUGGCGGAGCGGACGCGCUUCCCGGGCCCGGUGACGCGCGCCGAAGUGGAGGCGAGGCUGGGCGCGUGGGCCGGCGAGGGCACCGCCGGGGGCGCGGCGCUGGGCGCGCUCUCCUUCCUGUGGCCCGCGGGCGGGGCGGCGGCCACCGGCGGCCUGGGUUACCGCGCGGCGCACGGCGUCCUGCUGCAGGCCCUCAACGAGAUGCAGGCCGAUGCCGAGGCGGUGCUGGCACCUCAUGUGCCCGCGCAGUGAGGGGUGGGAUGAGGGCCGGGGCUUCCGGGCUCCCAGCGUCCCAGCUGCUUGGCCCCCGCCAGGAGCUGAGGACUCCCAAGUCCCGGUUAGAGGGAGGGGGGUUAGGGGUACAGGCUCUGGCCUGGGAUGUCUCGGCCACUGGGGUAAGGGAGCUGGGGGCCACCGCUCAGAGUCCCGGAUGCUUGAAGGGGAUGGGGGCUCUGACUACUGAUUGGGAUGUGUGGCUUGUAGUCACCCGAAUUCCUGGGUCCUGAAGGGGAAUAGAGUCUGGGGGACAGAGCCCUUGGUUUCCCUGGAGACCACAGGGCAUGACACCAGACUGUGGCCUGAAGGAAACUGAGGGGUUGGCCUCCUAGAAGGGGUUAUAUCGUGGUCUUCAAGGGAAAGGAAACCGGGUCUGUUGGUCAUCUAGCCCCCUGGGGAGAGAAGAGGUGAAAGCCUGGUCUCUACCCCAGUAGAGAUUCCAGUAUGGAGGACGGGGUCCGGGUACCCCCGGGAGCUGGAAUCUUUGGAUCCUCUAGGCUUCCUGGAGGAAAUGGGUCUGCAUCCAGCCUCCCAGCUCCUCAAGAGGCAGUGGCGUGCAAUCUUCAUUGGGGGUCUCACACUCCUGGCUCCCAAGAGGGCGGUAGACCUUGGUUUCUAAUUCCUUGGUGGUGGGAGGUCUCCAUCUACAGAGGGGAACAGGGCCGGGGCGGGGGACGGGGGGGGGGGGGGGUUGUGCGAAAGAGCUGGAGAACAGCUCUUGGGGAAUAGAUAUCUAAUAUUUGUUGUUCUAGGGGCCUGGUGACCCAGAUUCCUUUCCCAGCUGUUGUGGGGAGGAUGGUCCCACAAAAAUGAAGAGGGGGAGGCAGGAGGUCUGGGCAUGGUGGGGCCUGCGGGUAGCCAGAGACUGGGAAUGAGGCCUUCUGGGUGUGGAAGGGCAGAGACCUCAGAGGUCUUCUCCCACAAAUCCCUUAGGGAUUUGGAUCCCAACAGUUGCCUUUCUCUGUGUGAGUUUGACUGGGAAAGGGAUACGAGUGCCCCCAUUUUAUAGGUGUGGAGUGAUUCAGGGGGUCUUUGGGGAGUCUCUAACUUUGUCCCUCCCUCCUCUAGCGGUUUCUAUCUCUUUUUGGUCUUGAUUUCUUCUGUCACUAAACCUAACUCUUUCUGGCCUUGGUAUUUUGUACUCCUGCCUUUUUGGGCUAAAGCAGCCAUAGGGCUGCACUAACCCAGACACUUCUGUGUUGGCUACUUCAGGUGUCCCCAAGAGGUUCUGCCUUCUGGAGUACACAGAGUGCCGCAGAGAGCAAAGAGGCCCACAGAACAGCUAGGGUCGUGUUCCAGACCGCGGGAGUGCGCCGUGAGUGAAGCAAAGGCAGAAACCACAGUGCCUGGCUAUGUUCUAGACUGCCAACCAUGGGUAGAAAAGAUGCCACAGGUCACAGUUCUUCAGUGUCAAAAAACAGAAGGGGGGGACCUGAGAGUCCAUUCAAUAGAAUCUCUUUUAUGAGAAGGGGGAAGAGCAGAGCCCAGGGAGAGCAGACUCUAGGCCCAACAGCACACAGGAAGGUCCUAUGUGGUCUGGCCCCUGCCUAUUCGAACUCCCUGCCCCUCCCCCAUCUCCCAGCCAGCGUGAUCUUCCUUGCAGUGCCUGGGUGGGCCACAUUGGGUCCUACCCCAGGACCUUUGCAUUUGCUCUUCUUUCUGCCUAGAAUGCUCUGCCCCCAGAUCUUCCCAUGACUGGUUCCUUUUUGUCUAGCGAGUCUCAGCUCAGAUGUCCCCUCAGAGAGGCCUUCCCUGACCACUGUAACUGAAGUAGCCCACACUCCCCCAUUACUCGUCUCGGCCAGUAGAUAUUUCCCUUGUAGCAAUUAUUACUGUAACAAAAUUACCUUAUUUGUUUAUUUAUUUAUUUACCUAUUUAAUGGCUAUGAUCCUCUUGCCUGUCCUGUUCUCUUCUGUAACCCCAGCACCCAGAAGAGUGCUUGACACACAGCAGGUGCUUGUAAAUAUUUAUUUUAAUUCAUUAAUCCAUGGCAGACCUGGGUGUAGAUUGUCAGCCUCUUGCCACAGGACAGGGACAACGAACCGGGUGGGGAGAAAGAGAAACAAGUAUCUGAUGGGAGAGAAAGCUCCUGUCUGAGAUCAGGGGACCUGGAAUGCAGGCCCGGCUUUGCCACUGUCGCUCUGGGUGACUUGGACCGGUGCUUUAUUUUCCCAUCUGUGAAAUGGAAGGGCCUAACGAGAACCAUAAAUACUUCCAAGAUCUUAUCUCCUUUGACGGCGGGAGACAAGGGUGACCACUCCGAGGGGUAGACACUUGGGAGGUGGUAUCCCCAUGUCCAGCUUGAACCCCUCCCAGUGACACAGUUUGUCCCACCAACGUUGAGAUGGCCGUGGGGCGCCUGGCUGGCUCAGUCAGCUGAGCAUCCAACUCUUGAUUUCGGCUCAGGUCAUGAACUCAUGGUUCGUGAGUUCAGCCCCCGCAUCAGGCUCUGCACUGAUAGCGGGAGACCGUGUGGGAUUCUCUCUCUCUCUGCCCCUCUCCUGCUCACGCUGUCUGUCUCAAAAAGAAACAUUAAAAAAAAAAAAAAGGUUGAGAUGGCCUGGCCGAGAUGAGAUACUGAAUGGCUUCCGGUGUGUAAUCUCCAAUUCCACACUGUCUCUCAGUCUCACGUGCCAGCCGUGGGAACGCAGGAGAGGAAAGCAGUGCUGUCCUAUAGAAACGGUGUGAGCCACAUCGAUCAUUUGAAAUUGUCUGGCAGCCACAUUAGAAAGGUAAAAGGAGGGAUGCCUGAGUGGCUUAGUCGGUUAAGUAUCUGACUUCAGCUCAGGUCAUGAUCUCACAGUUUGUGAGUUCAAGCCCCACAUGGGCUCUGUGCUGACAGCUCAGAGCCUGGAGCCUGCUUCGGAUUCUGGGUCUGGGUCUCUCUUUCUCUCUCUCUCUCUCUCUCUCUCUC